UUGCUUUUUAAAUUCCUCAUUCCUACAUUAUUUUUUCGCUUUAAAGCUGUUCAGGUAAGCGAAAAUAAGAUUCGAAAAUGAAAAUAAAACCAAAACUCUUUUUUUUUUCAGAAAAUGAUCAAUAUAUUUGUGGCCAUAUUUAUGAUUUUUCAUUUAUUAUUACAAUGUGGAAAAAAGAAAAAAGAUUCAGAAGUGACUAAUUCGAUGAAAACAAUUAAAGAUACAAAAUCAACAUCUGGUGCAGCUCCACCACAACCGGCUUGA